AUGGACCGAAGACAUUUCGCCAUUUUGUGCCACCUACUAAGGAUCAUUGCUGGACUAACGUUGACGGAAGUCAUCGAUGUUGAGGAGAUGGUAGCAAUGUUCUUCCACAUUCUUACACACGAUGUGAAAAACCGUGUUCUUCAACGAAAGUUCAUGCGGUCGGGAGAGACACUUUCCCGUCAUUUCAACAUGGUUUUUUUUGUCGUUAUUCGACUUCAUGACGAGCUUUUGAAAAAAUCACAACCAGUGCCUAACGAUUGCACAUAUCAAAGAUGGAGGUGGUUUGAGGUGCCCAAGGGUAACUACCAACGAAACUGUACGUAUCGAUGCAAUUUAACAAUUAACAGCUGCGACAUUUUAAUCGUGCAAUGUGAUCACAACUAUUACCACCUGGUUGAUGUCAAGUACCCAAAUGUAGAGGGUUUUUUGGCAUCCUACAGAGGGCAACGCUACCACUUGCAGCAAUGGUCUGGUGCUAAAAAUGCACCUUUAACAUCCAAAGAGUUUUUCAAUAUGAAGCAUUCGUCUGCGCAUAAUGUAAUCGAAAGAGUAUUCAAUAUCUUGAAGGGUCGGGAGAUGACAAACUUUGAUAUAACAGAUGACAUAUAUGAGGUUGAUUUCACCCACGUGACUACUGCCGACGAUGACAUACAUUACACAGAGAACUUCAAUGAGUGGAGUCAGUGGAGGGAUGAGCUUUCAGAAGAAAUGUUUAGUGACUGGGAGUUGCGUAACCAGUAG